GUCCGCUUCUCUACUCCGAGACGAGAGCACUUGCGUUGUCACAAAAUCUGCCGACCCUAAGACUUGUCUAGUCCUUUCUUUUCCUUCUUCGCAAACUGCCGUUUCGUUGGAUUAUAUCUUGCAUAAAGGUUCGGGAGAGAUUUUCGGCUUGGAGAUUCGCAAGUAUCUCGCUGUUCUACAGUCGCCGGCUAGCGUCUUCUCUUUGGCGAACAUGAUCUCCCUCAACGAUACACUCUCGAAGUGGUGGGCGAAGGCGUGGAUUGCCUUCGAGCCUAUCUCACAAACCGACGGCUCCAUUCGACUCCGACUUAGAUGGCUCAGAGAACUCAUGUUUGAUCAGGAAAAGGAUCAUAGCCUUGGCAAGCCCGAAUCAGUCCGAUGGCAUUAUACCGACGUGGUGUACCUCAACAUGGAUCCCCGCAUGGUCUCUCGGGAGAGACUCACCCAGUCUGGAAAACCUCUUCGCAUGGUCCACCUUGAAACACGCGAGUACAUUGAGGACGGCUACGAGUUCGACAUUGCUGCGGCCAAGAAGGAAGAUCUCCCAGACUUUGGGCUGCUCAAGGCUGGGUACAUCCUUUCAACAGCUAUGUCACUGACGGGCGAGGGGCUAGCCGAGGACGAUCAGCAGUGAGUUGCAAGUCACAGACAUGCGGAGGAGACACGGAUGGCAGCCGAAAUGGAUGUCACAUCUAUGAACAAUACUGCUGGGGGUUGCAAGGGGAGGCUUGCUCGAAUAGACGACAGGAUAGGGAAUUCUGCUAUGCCUCACGGCCACAACAUUCACUUAUAC